AUGGCGGCAGGCCUGGUAGCUGCAGCAGGCCACGUGGCAUGCGGGGACGCUGACGUGGUGCAUGAGGUGUUUGACGCCCUGCCCUUCCAUUUCGUUCGAUCGCUGCUGGAAGAAUCAGAGGGAGAGAGGCUUGAAGCAGCAGCACUGGGACCAACGCAGGAUCCACCAACAUCAGCGUCAACACCAGGACCAGCAGCAGGAGCAGCAGCAGCAGCAGCAGUGUCUGUACUCGUGGUGGUCACUCAGCAACCGGAACUGGCCUGUCUGCCUCCUGUGCUGCACCUGCUAGAGCCUCUCAGCCAGAUUAUCCUUCACGGGCGGACAGCCUCUCUCGUCCGAGACGCUUGCCUAUGUGUGCUGGCGGUGGCGCGGGGAUCAGAAGCAGGCAUGCGGGCGUGCAGGGAGCAAGGAGUGCUUGGAGUGGCCGCCCGCUCUCUUGCUGCCAUCACAGACCCUUCCUGUUCAGCUCUUGCAACGGACCUGCUAAGCGUUCUGGUCAAUGCUGCAUCUCCCCUCGAUAUCUCCCAACACGGAGACUCGCUUGCUGCUGCUGUCCCAGCCCUAGCAAGGCAGCUCGCAUUCAGUGAAGACAGCAGCAGCAAGCACAAGAUAGUCACCCUGCUGCUCGCCCUGCUCUCGACAACUCAACAACAACAACAGAACCACCGCCCUGCAUUGCCUAGCACUACUCAAAGCACCGCUGAGCAGGAGCAGGGACUGGUUCAGCAGGGCUUGAAAAGCCUUGAGCCUUUAGUCGCGGGUCGAGUGUGGGCGGCAGACCUUCGGGGGGGCAUUCAGAGUAUCCUCUUGUCUACCACUGGUUAG